CUCGCACAAACAAACACACAGACAGACGCACGAACAAUCUGUCGAUCAGAAAUGGGAAUCAGAUUCAUAUUGAUGGUGAACAAGCAAGGGCAAACCCGUCUCGCCCAGUACUUUGAAUACCUCACUCUCGAAGAAAGACGAGCCCUUGAAGGCGAAAUCGUCCGCAAAUGCCUCGCUCGUAACGACCAACAGUGUUCCUUUGUCGAGCAUCGGAACUACAAAAUCGUGUACAGGCGAUAUGCUUCGUUGUUCUUUUUGGUUGGGGUUGACAAUGAAGAAAAUGAGCUUGCAAUUUUGGAAUUCAUUCAUCUGUUAGUCGAAACAAUGGACCGCCAUUUUGGCAAUGUGUGUGAGCUGGACAUCAUGUUCCAUCUGGAGAAAGCACACUUUAUGCUAGAGGAAAUGGUCAUGAAUGGGUGCAUUGUUGAGACCAGCAAGUCUAACAUUCUUACUCCGAUACAGCUGCUGGACAAAGCAUCUUAGUCAGUUGGGCCAAUGUUUUAACAAUGCCUUGCUAUCACUGUGACUUCCUUUUCUGAUACUCAUUGGCAUCAUAUAUAUCUAAUUGUUGUAGUGCCUACUGUGCAUUGAGCUAAACAAAUGGAAUGCUUUCCAUUAGAGUGGAAUAAUCUAAGGGCUGUGGAUUUGGUUAGCAGAAAACGUUUAGUCGAUUCAAUGAGUUGUAAUUGAACCGACUGUUCUGAAUAUAUUGAGAAAAAUUGGCA